UUGAAGGCCCGAGCACCGCUCCCCGGUGCACAUUGACUUCAAUAAGCCUAUUUUUCUUUUGAUUGGCAGAACACUAUUAUUCCAUAAAUCUAAAGCUAAAUGGGAAUAUCAGGUUCUGUCAAACCAGGUAUGAAGGAUUCAAUACUUUAGUUGUGUUUGUGUGUGUGUGUGUGUGUGUGUGUGUGUGUGUGUGUGUGUGAGAUAGAGAGAGGGCGGGGGGUACUGUCAAACUAAGCAUAAUAUAAAAACGAUUACACAAUGCCUGCUAAAAACAACCACUGAGCUUUGCCUUCAUGCCUGCUAGCUUAAUGCGAACACAUCACGGGAAACGUCGCAUGCAGCGAUUAGCAUCUUUGUAGCGGCAUUAAAGUUUUAAGCAAGCGAUAUUUUGAGCACAAACUGCCAACAACACGACAGACGGUCAUUAAUUCUUUAUCCUCUCCGAGGGGCGACCAAUUUUCUUGCCGAGUUGUGACGUUUCCUUGUCGAACCGUACAGUAUGUUUGGAUUAUACUGCCCCCAGGUGGUCAAGGCGUGCCCACACGAUUGAGAUUCACAACUUGUAUUGAAUUGAAUGAGCAAAUGUGACAAGCUUAUUUUUUAUUGUACUUCUGUCAUUAUUUUAAUAUUAGUGAGGGCCCUUUUUUCUCUCUCGGAAAGAUGAACAUGACAAAAUGUUCUGGUUUUUGGGGGAGGCUGGAACAUAUUCAAUGCAUGUCGGCUGUUGUCCUCUUGGUGUCGCUGUUCUGACAUCACAGUUCCAUUUCGCGCUGGCGGGGCUUCACACGCUCGCUCACAAACACCUUCACGCAUUCAUUCACUCACUCACACACAAACACACACACACUUUUUUCCCCGCUCGUUCGCUCGCUCGCUCCUCACACCGUCACUCGGGCAUCCUGCGGGGGGCUGAGAGUGCGCAGUGCGGCCGGCCCACCCGGGGAGUGGUUCCUCUCCUCGCCGUCAGUCACGCAGCCGGAGGAGGCGCGCACGCAACGCAGACGCGAGCCGCGCACGUCGCCAACCUGGCCGCGAGUCCCCAAUCAAGCACACAAGCGCACACACAAACGAGCGUGCGCGCGCACGCACGCACGCAGAAGUUCGUGGACUAAUCUGGCUCUUGUGGAUUUUCCCCUGACGUCCACCUGCUCCGGCGUGUGCAACAAUGGCCAGAGACGGCGCUCGGUCCUCCUCGCGGUCCGCAAGCCGACUGCUGCCGCCGCUGCUGCUGGCGUCGACUUGGCUCCUCCUCGCCGGCCCGGGCGUCGGCGCUCAGAAGGUGCGCGUGGAGGAGGAGUUGGAGGCAUACCCAAACGAGUCGGUGGACCUGCGCUGUCAGUUCAUCGACGGGGGAGGCAAAACCAAACUCACCCAGGUGUCGUGGAUCUGGGAGCCCACUGAAGGCCAGCGAGACAACAUCGCCGUGUACCAUCCCUUCUACGGCCAGAGUUUCCCCAACUUGUCCUUCAAGGACCGCGUGGUCUUCCUGCACAACAACCUGGAGAACCCAUCCAUCCGCAUCUCCGACCUGCGCAUGUCCGACGCCGGCCGCUUCACCUGCGAGUACGCCACCUACCCGUCGGGCAACGAGCAGGGCACCACCGUUCUCGUCAUGUUGGCCAAACCCAAAAACUCCGCCAACGUGGUGACGGUGCAGGCGGGCACCAAGGCGACGGUGGUGGCGCAGUGCCAGGCGGCCGACGCCAAGCCGGCGGCGACCAUCAAGUGGCUGGCGUCGGUGGGCGGCAACCACACCACCAGCAGCACCAACGGGCCCGACGGCACCGUCACGGUGCGCAGCGAGUACCGGCUGGUGCCCACGCCCGCCGACGACGGCAGGGAGGUGACGUGCAUGGUGGACCAGCGCACCCAGGACAAGACCUGGACGCACCAACUCAAGCUCUCGGUGGAGUACCCCCCCUCCGUCUCCAUUGAGGGCUACGACCACAACUGGUACAUGGGCCGCUCGGACGCCACGCUGGUCUGCACGGCUGACGGCAAUCCACAACCCACCACCGUCACCUGGACCGCGGCGUCGGGCCCGCUGCCAGACUCGGUGCUGGUGGACGGCAACAAGCUGACGGUAAGGAAGGUGGACGACGCCGUCAACACCACCUUCAUCUGCGAGGUCAAGAACAAGCACGGCGCCGCCAAGGACCAGAUCACCACCCUCGUCAUCGAGAAGGAACGUCUCAUGGCGCCAGGGCCGUCGACCGGCGCGGUGAUCGGCGGCCUCCUCGGCGCCCUCGCCAUCAUCGGCGUCGUGGUGGGCCUCGUUUUCUUUGUCCGCAGACGCCAGCGUGACGCCGACGGACCCCCAAAGCACAAGCCCCCGCCCCCUGUCAAGAGCGGCGGCUCAACAGAGCUGCUCAACAAGCCGUCAGAGGUGCCCGGCGCCACCGAGAUGGCGCCGCUCGCCCCAGCGGGAGACAUCUACUACGAGCCAACGGGAAGCGAGCCUGUCAGGAACUCGAACAGUGAAACUCCCGGCACGCCGAAUGGCGGCGGACUUCCACUGCCGGACGAAAUGAACCUGAAUCUGGACCCGGACCUGGACCUGGUCUCGACCAAUCACGAGUCUCCGCCGGUCACCAACAUCGCUCGUGGCGAGAGCUUUGUGUCGCCCGCCAUGUACGUGUAAGCGUGGCUGGCCACUGGGGGAGCCCCUGCUGUGACUUAUUUUUUUAACACGUUUAACCAACAUCCUUUUUUAUGUUGCACAGUCUCACUGACGAGGAUAAGAGGACAGUGUGGCUUAAAGCAGCUGAUUGGCUACUUGUAGGGCUGCUUAAUCUGACCUUAAAUUACUGUACCUCGUUUUUUUUCCCCCACAAAAAUACGAUUAUCUCAUUUUAAUCACCACCGCCCCUCCCCCUUUUGCUUCUAGAAAAAGCAAAUAACAAUGGCCAAACAAGCUCGAAAACAGUUUUUUUCCCCUUUAGAUUAACUUGCAUCACCUUCUAAAUCAAUGAGACAAACACGUGUCUUUUUCUUUUCAAGUAAUGUGGAAAUAAGUGCUGGUCCCUUUUGUCGAAAGUUUGUCAGCACUAAUUGUGCUUUUGUAAACUAGCUUCUCUCACUUCGCAGCCAUGUUGUUCGUG